AUGCCAAAUAAUGAAGAAACACCGACGGAUGAAUUAAUCAAUAAAGCUGAGGAAAGUUUGGCAAAAUUUAUUAUUGCACCUGGUACCGUCUUUGGUGAUGCAACUAUUUAUAAUUUUGAUUAUGAAAAUAAGAAGAAUUAUUUCAUUUGUUUAUAUGAAUUUCCUGAUGUAAUAUUGAUUCAUCCAUCGAAACAAGUUAUAUAGGGCAUCUUGGCAAUGCAGUGUGGUCGAACAAAUGUUUUAAAUGAUAAAGAAAAUCCAAUUAUUAUGUUUUUUUAUUGAUCGCUGUCAGUAACUUUGUUGUAUAUGAGUGUAUCUCUUUUCCACUUACAUCUAUAUCCUUACCUACAGCUGAUCGAAAAAAGUACGGAUGUUAUCUAUUUAUUGUAUUUUUAAAAAUAAACUAACUUUCGAUUAUUCUGAUCAAACAUUCUUAAGUUUGACAUCCGAUAUUCAUACGAAUUGGUACUAAAAUAUUGUCAAAUAUUGAUAUCAUAUUUGAAUAUAAAAUCUUUGCGAACACU